CAUAAUCUCUCUCUCUCUCUCUCUCUCUCUCUCUCUCUCUCUCUGUGUUUUGAUUCUCCAACUUUGAAGACCAGAGAUGGGGAAGCAGACCAAAUCCAAGUCCAGAAAACCAGAAAGCUAUGGUAAAGGGAAAGUCACUCCAGUCCAAAUCGCUUUUAUCGUGGACCAAUAUCUCUCCGACAACAACUUUUCUCAAACUCGCUCCACUUUUCGCACCGAAGCCUCCGAUCUCAUCUCUAAAUCUCGAGUUCAAGAGGCGCCGAAGAGUUUGUUGACUUUGGGGGCAAUUUUGGAUGAGUACAUAUGUUUGAAGGAGCAAAAAGUGACGUUGGAUCAAGAAAAGUACUGUUUGGAGAAGGAGAAAAUUCGGGUUCAGACGCUGUUGCGGGGAAUGCAAGAUGUAAUGAACGGUUACAAUGCCGGUGGAAGCGCCACCCCUCCUCCGCCGCCCAUGGUUUCAUCAGUCGCUGCUCCUCAGAUAGACUUACCAAUUAAGUCCCCCGCCGGUAACAUUUCUAGGCCUCCCUUUUAUCCUUUAUUUAGUUGUCAAUAUGAACACGAUGUUAUGGCUCAAAUCAGGUUAAAUAAUGUGGGGAAAUCAGCGACACUGGUGUGCAGAGUUGAUGCUAUGUACAAAAGUUGUUGAAUUUUUAAGGGGUUUGAGUUGGGGAAUCCUAUUUGUGUGAGCUGCCUAACCUGUUCACUACUUAACACAUUGAAAGCUUUACAAUUUGAAAAAUAAUUUGCAAACAGAAGCUUUAUAAGAAAAUUAAACCAAACCAAACUAAGUUUCGUGUCCCAAUCAAGUAGGAUCGACAACAUUAAUUUGUAUAGGUUUUAUGUAUUAAUUGUCUAUUUGUAUAUCACUAUCCAUUUAAAUUUUACAUUUAAUCUCUAUUUCAGCUGAGCUUCAAUCUAAAAAUUUUGAUAUCCUGAUCAUGAAUCAAUUGGAUCCUAUUUAUCACUGUGCAUCCAUGUAAUUUAAGGAAUUUGAAUUUCAAGAGUGUUGGAGCUACACUUGCAAAUCUUGAUGAAAAGCAGGUUGAUUAAUUCAAGCGAAAGGGAAAUGGUGGAUGAGAUGUAAAUCAAAUAUAGUUACAUUUCACAACACAGCCUAACUCUUAUGGCUUGUGUCUGUUGGGAUGAAGCAAUAAUUUUUUGAGACAUAUAUCCAUCAAUAAUUUGCUAAAAGUAAAUUUCAUGAAUGUAAUGUAAAUCUUUUUUUAAACCAUUU